AGAAAAGGAAAAAAAGGAAAGAAAGGGGGAAAGUGAGAAGGGUAUUUCCGAGAGCUGCUGGGGGCUUCACUCGCUCUUUGGGGUUUGACCAACUCAACCCUCCUCCUCCUUCCUCUCAGCUUCUUCUUCUUCCUCUCGAUUUCUUUCUUUCUAUUAUUAAUCUUCCUUUAUUAUUAUUUAUUUCUUUGUUCCCAAAUAAAACUCUUUGAUCUCAUAUCAUCUAUCUACUACUACUACUCUCCCCUGCUUUCUUAAUUUAAUUGAGAAGAAGAGGUCGCCAUGGGUGUGUGUUUCUCCGCCAUUAGAGUCACUGGUGCUAGCAGCAGCAGCAGAAGAAGUAGUCAGACCACCACCAAUCAUAACAACAACCGUCGUAAUAAUAAAGGCCGCAACAAUAAUAAUAAUAAUAAGUCGUCUGCUGCUCCUCCCAAGAUCAAUAUGGAUGCCAAGCGCAGAAGCGGCUCCAUCCCCUGCGGCAAGCGUACUGAUUUUGGUUACGCCAAAGAUUUCCACGAUCUCUACACCAUCGGCAAGCUCCUCGGCCAUGGUCAAUUUGGCUAUACCUACGUUGCCAUCGACAAGUCCAAUGGAGAUCGCCUCGCCGUCAAGAGACUCGAUAAGAGUAAGAUGGUUCUUCCUAUUGCCGUUGAAGACGUCAAGCGAGAGGUUCAAAUACUCAAAGCUCUUUCUGGCCACGAAAAUGUUGUUCAAUUUUACAACGCCUUUGAGGAUGAUGACUACGUCUACAUUGCUAUGGAGUUGUGCGAGGGAGGCGAAUUGCUCGAUAGGAUCUUAUCCAAGAAAGAUAGUCGAUACUCUGAGAAAGAUGCAGCAGUCGUCGUAAGGCAGAUGCUCAAAGUCGCUGGACAAUGUCAUCUUCACGGUCUUGUACAUAGAGAUAUGAAACCAGAGAAUUUUUUGUUCAAAUCAGCUAAACUAGAUUCGCCUCUAAAGGCUACUGAUUUUGGCUUAUCGGAUUUCAUUAAACCAGGGAAAAAGUUCCAUGACAUUGUUGGUAGCGCCUAUUAUGUUGCUCCCGAAGUACUCAAGCGCAGAUCAGGCCCUGAAUCAGACGUCUGGAGCAUUGGUGUUAUUACGUAUAUAUUACUUUGUGGGAGGCGACCUUUUUGGGAUAGGACAGAAGACGGUAUAUUUAAGGAGGUUUUAAGAAACAAACCUGACUUCCGUCGCAAACCAUGGUCAACUAUAAGCGACAGCGCGAAAGAUUUUGUUAAAAAGUUACUUGUGAAAGACCCACGAGCACGUCUAACUGCUGCACAAGCCCUAUCACAUGCAUGGGUUAGAGAAGGGGGGAAUGCUACUGAAAUCCCUGUUGACAUUUCAGUUCUGAACAACUUACGCCAGUUUGUGAGAUACAGCCGUCUAAAGCAAUUUGCGUUAAGAGCUCUUGCUAGCACUCUUGACGAGGCAGAGAUUUCUGACCUCAGAGACCAGUUUGAUGCGAUUGAUGUAGAUAGAAAUGGUGUCAUUAGUCUUGAGGAGAUGAGACAGGCACUUGCCAAAGAUCUUCCAUGGAAACUGAAGGAUUCGCGAGUUGCUGAGAUCCUUCAAGCGAUUGAUAGCAACACAGAUGGGUUAGUGGACUUCACAGAGUUUGUAGCAGCAGCUCUACAUGUCCAUCAACUGGAAGAACAUGAUUCAGAGAAAUGGCAGCAAAGAUCAAGAGCAGCUUUUGAGAAAUUCGACAUUGACAAAGACGGUUACAUAACGCCUGAGGAGCUUCGAAUGCACACGGGGUUAAGAGGGUCAAUAGAUCCACUGCUGGAUGAAGCAGAUAUUGACAGAGAUGGGAAAAUAAGCCUGCAUGAGUUCAGGAGACUUCUAAGAACAGCAAGCAUAAGUUCACAGAGAAUAACAAGCCCUGCAGGCCACAGGAAUCCUCGGUAGUGCAAAAAUGUGUAUACUAGAAGAAGAGGAGUAAGGGGACAAAAGUAAUUUGUCCAAUCUUAUAUGUAAUGGUUGGUGGUUGUAAGAUAAGUGGGACUUCUUUUUUGGCGUUGUAGUGUUUGUUAUAUAAGUACGUUGGUUCUUCUAUAAAGCAACGAAACAAAAGAGACAGUGCGAGUGAGUAGAUUGAGAGAGAGAGAGACUUAUAGUAGCUGUUCUUUUGGGUUAGGCCACGUGACAUUCCUAGUGGGCCAAAUCCCCCAAUUCUAAUGGGUUGGCACCAGAGAGCCAGCUGUAAUUUGAUUCUCCCACAAGUUUUGUCUGUUUCCAUUUCUUCAAUAAAAUAAUCGUGUGGAGAGCACCAAAUACACACCCUUUUUUCUA